GAGUUUUGUUUGCCACUAGUAUGUCUUCUGCUUAUCCUUUUUAACACUCUUCCAACUCUGCAGAUUGAACUCUAAAACUUUGAGCAGAAGAAAAGGGAAAGGGAAGAAAGACAAUAAUGUCGUGGUUAGCUAGAUCCGUUGCUAACUCACUGAAACUCGACGAAGAUUAUGAUGACUAUACAAAAGUUGCAUCGAGUCCGAGAACCGCACCCGACCCUAAUCCAGAUCAAUCUUCGCCUGAUCCCAACACUCCACGUGGCGUUAAAGAAGACAUCUCCGAGCUCACCAAAACCGUAACGCGCCAAUUCUGGGGCGUUGCCUCUUUCCUGGCCCCGCCGCCUCCGGCGUCAUCGAACCUACCGCUCGAUCAGACUAAGGAGGAAAACUCGCCCCGGCCGCCGUCCGACGAGGAAUUGAUUGCGGGAAUACGCAGCGAUUUAUCGGAGAUUGGCGGGAGAUUCAAGACCGAAUUCUCGAAGCUGUCUAAAAAUAUUGCCGUCUCGGAGUUCACUAAGAUCGCUUCGAAUUUUCUUCAGUUCGGAUCCGAGGAAGAGAGUCUUGAAAGAUACGAUAACGCAAACGUCGUCGGUUUGACCGAAGAAGUUGUGGCCUUCGCUAGGGAUAUUGCGAUGCAUCAAGAAACGUGGCUCCAUUUUCCCGUGCCUGUUGAUGAUGGUUUUGAUGAUUUUGACAUGUCUGAUGCACAAGAAGAACAUGCUUUAGCCAUUGAACGUUUUGCACCAAGAUUGGCUGCCCUUAGGAUUGAACUUUGCCCGGGUUAUAUGAGUGAGGGUUGCUUUUGGAAGAUUUAUUUUAUACUUCUACAUCCUCGACUCAGUAAACAUGAUGCAGAACUUUUGUCUACUCCACAGGUAAUUGCAGCAAGAGAAAUGUUAAUGCAAGGGUCACAGUACCAAGAAAAGGUGAAGGUUGUGGAAGAUCAUUCUGAAAGUGUUACUUCGCAAAUGGCGGUUGAUUUGCCGUGUGAAGAGUCUCUUUCUGUGCCUUCUUCAACUCAAUAUGAGGCAGUGCUACUCAAGGCAUCUAGAAAUGAAGACCAUGCUAUUGCUAUAGCUAUUGAAAUUGAAACAGAGAAGCAUCCAGUUCAGAGUGCUGAGAUGCAGGUUGUUGACAAGUCUGUCAUUGAGGAAGAGUCAAUGAAAGAGAUUAAACAUCAACACUCUACAUCUGGUUCGUCUGGAGUUUCUAUUGAGAAAUCUGAAGAUGAUGCCGAUGACUGGUUAAAAGAGGAAAUUUCAGAGGUAGGUAACCGGAAUGCUACCACAAUCCCUUUUGGAAAUGAUGAGGAUGUUUCAUUCAGUGAUCUCGAAGAGGAGGAUGUGCCAAUAAGUUACAAGAAAGUAACAUCUGGUUCUGAUUCUUCAACAAAAGAAUCAAGAGAUUGGGUGCAGCUGGGCAGGAGCUCUACGGACUCCGUUAAAGAUGUUAGGUGUGUUGGUGAUAAGCAUCCUGGCUCUGAGCAGGUAAAUGCUCAUAACCCUGAAACCAAGGAAUCGAAUGAUUGGCUCGAUAUAGAAGAUAUAGAAGAGAUCAUGUGAGUAUAAACCUUUGAGAUGAUAUAUGUAAGCUAGAUUCUUGUGCUUAUAACCUUGUGUGCCAGCCCAAUUUAAGGCUCUGGAAACUUUGUUUUGUACAUAAACCCUGUUACAAUUGGAUAAUUAUAUGCUUGUGCGAUGUUCAUGUG